CGAGGCUCCGCCCGUCCGCUCCGCUCAGCGGCCGCGCCUCCAAAUUGCCCGGUAGGCUUAGGUUCUGACAGCUCCGGCGUUGUCCCCCAGGCGCCAUGAGGGGGCUUCUGUGCGGCCCCUUCGCCCUGCUUCUCCUCCUGCAGCCCCGGGAAGCCCAGCUCCAGCGCGCAGGUCCCGGGUGCCGCUCGGGGCCCCUGGAUUUGGUGUUUGUGAUCGACAGCUCGCGCAGCGUGCGCCCCUUCGAGUUCGAGACCAUGCGGCAGUUCCUGAUGGGCCUUCUCCGCGGCCUGGACGUGGGGCCCAACGCCACGCGCGUGGGUGUGAUCCAGUACUCGAGUCAAGUGCAGAGUGUCUUCCCGCUCGGCGCCUUCUCGCGCCGCGAGGACAUGGAGCGCGCCAUCCGCGCGCUCGUGCCUCUGGCGCAGGGCACCAUGACCGGGCUGGCCAUCCAGUACGCCAUGAACGUGGCUUUCAGCGUAGCGGAGGGCGCGCGCCCUCCCGAGGCGCGCGUGCCGCGCAUCGCUGUCAUCGUAACGGACGGGCGACCCCAGGACCGUGUGGCUGAGGUGGCAGCAAAGGCGCGCGCCCGCGGCAUCGAGAUCUACGCGGUGGGGGUGCAGCGCGCCGACGUGGGCUCCUUGCGCGCCAUGGCGUCUCACCCGCUGGACGAGCACGUCUUCCUCGUGGAGUCCUUCGAUCUUAUCCAGCAGUUUGGCCUGCAGUUCCAAAGCCGGCUGUGCGGAAGGGACCUGUGUGCUGAGGGGAGACACAGCUGCCAGCACCAAUGUAUCAGCACCCCGGGCAUGUACCACUGUGCCUGCAACCCCGGCUACCAGCUAGCAGCAGACAACAAGAGCUGUUUGGCCAUCGACCUGUGCACUGAAGGGACCCACGGCUGUGAGCAUCACUGCGUCAGUUCCCCAGGCUCCUAUUUCUGUCGCUGCCAUGCUGGCUUUGUACUCCAGCAGGACCAGAGGACCUGCAGAGCCCGGGACCUCUGCAAUGGCGUAGACCAUGGAUGUGAGUUCCAGUGUGUGAGUGAAGGCCUCUCCUACCGCUGCCUGUGCCCCGAGGGGCGGCAACUCCAGGCAGAUGGCAAGAGCUGCAAUCGGUGCCGGGAAGGCCACGUGGACUUGGUUCUGCUGGUCGACGGCUCCAAAAGCGUGCGCCCGCAGAACUUCGAGCUGGUGAAGCGCUUCGUGAACCAGAUCGUGGACUUCCUGGACGUGUCCCCCGAAGGCACUCGCGUCGGGCUCGUGCAGUUCUCCAGCCGCGUGCGCACCGAGUUCCCCCUGGGCCGCUACGGCACGGCGGCAGAGGUGAAGCAGGCGGUCCUGGCGGUGGAGUACAUGGAGCGCGGUACCAUGACCGGCCUGGCGCUGCGCCACAUGGUGGAGCACAGCUUCUCUGAGGCGCAGGGCGCACGGCCUCGCGCCCUCAAUGUGCCUCGCGUUGGCCUGGUCUUCACCGAUGGCCGCUCCCAGGAUGACAUCUCGGUGUGGGCCGCGCGUGCCAAGGAAGCAGGCAUCGUCAUGUACGCCGUGGGCGUGGGCAAGGCUGUGGAGGAGGAGCUGCGCCAGAUCGCGUCCGAGCCUGCCGAGCUGCACGUGUCCUAUUCCCCAGACUUCAGCACCAUGACGCACCUGCUGGAGAACCUCAGGGGCAGCAUUUGCCCGGAGGAGGGCAUCGGCGCUGGCACAGAGCUUCGAAGCCCGUGCGAAUGCGAAAGCCUCGUGGAAUUCCAGGGCCGCACGCUGGGGGCGCUCGAGAGUCUGACGCAGAAUCUGGCCCAGCUGACCGCGCGCCUGGAGGAUCUGGAGAACCAGCUGGCCGCCCAGAAGUGAGGGCCACAGUUGGUCCGCACCCGGGCUGGGGCGAAUUUCUGUGGACUGUGCCCGUCUGGGGCGCUGGGACCUGGCAGAACCUGGGUCCCUCGGGCUUGGGCUGUCGGGGAGGCGGCGCUGGAGGGCUCCGGUGCUGUGCUGGAUGGAGCUGGCCUCGCCCGCCGCCCGGACCAGGAACCGGCCUGUAGGGGGGCCGUGGAGGGGGGAGCGCUACGCCUGCACCCCCUCGCAGCGUGCUGCGCUUAGUGCUUUGUUGACUUUUGGUUUUGUUUCUUUCCCUUAAAAAAUAUUCUGGU